GAGACAGCUGCUGCAGUGAGAGCGUGAUGAUGGAGUCUGCUUUUCUCACCAUUAUUCUUGUUUCUACUCUUGAGGUAUAUUCCUCUCACUCUGGCAUCACAGACUGGGAAGAUGUUGUGGUGGCUAGAGAGGGCGUGCCUACCACCUUGGGCUGCACUGAUGCAACAAUGAGGGGUGCCGUGGCCAUUAACUGGAAGGUGAAGUCAGUUGGUGUGGAUGAAUGGAAACUGCUUCUCUCAGCCAACAAAAAGAAAAGGUUCUCUGGUGGUGCCUCAAAGACAUCCAUGCGAUUGACUGACCCUGACUUUCAAGACACCGGGGUUUUCUCCUUGUUCCUUGUUCCCAGAAUGGAGGACAGCGGCCUCUACUCAUGCUCGAUAAAGCAACACGAGAGGGAAUUGGAGAAGAUUAUCCUCUUAGCCAUCCUUACAGUCACUGUUGUCCCCGCUGCACCCAUCCCUCUGCUCAGCACCCUGCGGCUGGCUGCCGUUGUUAAUCCUGGCUAUGCCAUCACCAGGAUCACCUGGGAAGCACCUGGCGGCAUUUCCAUGAAGAGCGAGAAAAAAACAAAUACAGGCACAGUGGCCAAACUGCCACAGGUCCAGAACAGUGACAGCGGGGCCUACAUCUGUAUGGUGUGCCUGCGCAACACUCUUUUCCCCUUCAAAGUGGACGUGAUUGUUGAUGGUGAGACUGGAUUUGAGAGUGAGAAAAGCAAAAGCACUGACAAUAUGGCCUCAUUCACCAAUAUAACACAUGACAGCGAUAUCCCCACCGCCACUCAGGCUCGGACACUGUUUCCCCUGACCUGUCCUGGUGACCAGGGGGACUACGUCCGGCUGCACUGGCGACCUCCAGACAGGAAGCACAGUGAUAUUAUGCUGGUGUACAGGAAUGACCGCUGGGGGGGUUCCACCUUUUUCACUAAUCACAGCAAGAGACUCCAGCUUGCGGGCCCACCCUACAACGCAGAGGCCGGGAGCUUCUCCUUUCUACUCACCCCUGAGUUUGAAGAUGGCGGCCUCUACAUCUGUGAAGUGUUCCUCAAUGACAACGUUGUCAGCCGCAGGACCAUACUCAGUGUGCUGAAAGCAACAGUUAAAACCCGCCAUUCCUCUUCAAAGCUGGAAUUGGGGUGCAGGUACUCAGAGCGGUCCCAGGUCCAAAGUGCCCGUUGGACAUACCAGAAUAAGAGUCGUCAGCUGGACUCAUGGGGCAAGGAGCCUGGCAGAAUCACCACCAAUCUGCCCUUACCCAUCACCUCUGACACAGCCGGGAACUACACCUGCACCCUACAGCUGAAAAAUGGGCAGACUGUCUGGGCAACGCAAGCUGUCACACUGCCCCAUGAACGUGCGAGGGAUGUCGAGGGUGGCAGUGUCGCCACCCCCUCCCUGCUCCCAUCUCUCUCCGCUUUAUUACUCCUGGUGCCCCUGGUUGCUGCAGCUGUCUGUGUGUUGCUAUGGAGACAGAAACACAUUUGUGAUCGCGGUAUUGAGCAGUCUCUGUCUGUCCACUCGGGUGACGCAGAGAACAUCUAUGAGAAUCCUGAGGAUAUCAGACAGGCUCCUCCCCAGGGCUCAGUCUACAUGGAUUUGAAGCCAAGAGGAGAGGAUGAUGUCUAUAAGGAACUGGAGCGAUACUAACAGUGUCAGGGCUGAUCACCUACCCACAUCUCAUCCUCAUCCAGCUGUCACAUCCGCUCAGUUCCCAGUUGCAGCAGAAGGCCUUUAUAAACAAAAGUAACAACUGAAUGUCAGAGUUGGGAUUUGAAGAAAAACUUCAGUACUUCAGGGAAAUGCAUCAAUUGCUUGGAUGUUUGUUUUUUUUGUAUUUUAAACUAUUGCUCUUUAUAAGUACUUCAUUACUGAGUUGCUUUGAUGGCUAGCUGCACAUAGAGAAGAAAAGGGGAACGAUUUGAAAUGUGUCCCAAAUGUGUGGAAGUUAAUAUGUUAUAUUGUUUCUUAUUUGAGCAUUUGUUAUUGAACCAGUUGUCUUGUACUUC